AUGGCUACCGAUGUCUACCAGCAAGCUAACGACCUCGAUCAUCUCUUCGACGAUAACGACGAUGAGAUAGCGGACUCAGCAGCCAAUACUCCAUUCGACCAGAGUUUCAGUGUGCCCGCAGACACCAACGAUGAACUCAGUGCGCUGUUGAACGAAGGCGGUGGCGAGGGCUUUAACUUGGAUGAGCUGAAUGAAAGAGAACUGGAGCAGGGAGAAAAGGCGGCAGAUGCAGUUGAUUACGAAGACAUCGGCGAUGAUGAGUCGUUACCUGACGAGGAGCCGAUGCAAGUUGAGAUAACAACGGACAUGCUGCCAGGGAUCGAGGAGAACGCAUUGGAUGGCCUCGAUGACGACGACCUCUUCGGCCCCUCUAGUCCUAUCUUAUUCAGUACUCCGCUGCCGACAACUGCUCCUUUGAAGCCCGAGGAGAAACCUGCGAAGGAUGGCGAUCACGAGUCCGAUCUGGCCUCGGAGCAUGGAGACGAAGCUACACAAGACCUCUCUAUGCUGGAGCCCGAGAUGGACGAGGUUGAAGAUGCAGAAUAUCGUAUACAGCUGGCUCUUUUCGCACAAUCUGGAAAAGGCUACAUUCCAAAAACUGAGCGAGAGAACAUCGAAGAAUGGUUGAAGGUCGAGUUCCCCAAGUUCAAACGCGACGAGGCACCGUAUUUCAAUAAACUCUUCCCUCCCCGACCGCACAAAUGGCAGGGGAAAACGCCUUUAAAGCUCCCCAGACAAAUCCACCCAACGAAAGUCAAUUUGGAAAUUGAACAAGACCAGAGAGUGGCCUUCAAUGCAAUAGCCCCGAUUGCUGCGCCAGAGGUUGCCACAGAUUUCGUGAAGAUUGGCCAACCUACAGCGCCUCAGGGAGUUACGGAGUCUUCGGAGGAAUCUGAGUCUGAUGAGCCUCUCCCUGGCGGUCUGACGAUGAGAGAUUUGGAGUUCAUAUGCACUGACUUCGAGACGUUAUCGCACCUUGCACCUUCGGACGACGAGUAUGUCGAGGUCCAACCCCGAAUUGUCGAUAGCGAUGAAGAGAUGUUCGGGUUCGAUGAAUUUCAUGAUGCUGAAAAGCCUCGCAAGAAGCGCCGCCUUGGUUUGGAUCCUCAAGAUAUUGUCAAAAUCCGCCAGCUCGACGUGCCGUUCCUCGAUGAUCCCGAGAGGGCGACUGCAAGACUUGCCACCAAGGUCGUACUAGAUUUGAACGACACCGACUUACUUGUUGAAGAAGUCGAUCUAGAGGCCCUCAAAGCGAAGGCUCGCCCGGGCGAGAAGCAGCGUGCUGUCAAGACUCUCAAGGAUCGCCUCCAACAUCGCUUCAAAACUUCGAAUGAUGCUGAGUAUGAUCUUCUCAAGCAGAAUCACCGGCACAAAGUCCGAGGUCAACUCACAAAUUUGACCAUCGAGCAUUCACUGCCGGCAGUCCGUUUGCAAUACCCGUACUAUCAAGUUCAGUUGUCUUUGCAAGAGUUGCGCAAUUUCCAUAGGAAACGGAUGCACUUCAGACAUCCUGUUGUUUUUCGGCAACCUGCAAAGGUUAAGAGAAAGCAUCAAAAGCAUCGACCCGCCUUGGAGCUGUAUCCCACAACGAAAGAGAUUUCGAUGGCUGAUAACUCGUCGAUAAUUCUCCUCGAAUAUUCCGAAGAACAUCCGCUGAUGCUCUCUCAGACGGGCAUGGGUAACAAGGUCAUCAAUUACUAUCGCAAGAAGAGCAAUGACGACAGUUUCAGGCCCAAAUAUGAUAUCGGCGAGACCUCCAUGUUGCUGCCGGAAGACAAAUCUCCCUUCUACAUCUUCGGCCAAAUCGAUCCCGGCGAAACUAUGACUGCUCUCUACAACUCUAUGUACAGAGCCCCCAUCUUCUCCCAGGAUACCAAGUCCCACGAUUUCUUGGUAAUCCGAGAAACUACUGGAGUGCACGGCCAAAGUCACUACCUGAGGAACCUUGAAAAUAUUUUCGUGGUCGGGCAAGAACUACCCUCAGUUACUGUGCCUGGAACGCAUUCUCGCAUGGUCACAACUGCAGCCAAGAAUCGUCUGAAAGCCAUAUCAUACCGCAUUGCCCGCAAAAAAAGGACCAACCGAAUCCACGUUGAAGACGUUACGAGACAUUUUCCUGGCACAACGGAUAUGCAGAACCGACAAAAGAUGAAAGAGUUCAUGGUUUUCAACAAAGAAUUUAAGGAGUGGGAAAUGAGGCCAGGUGACAAGGUUCCCAGCGAAGAGCAGAUCCAGUCCUUGAUUCGGCCGGAAGAUAUCUGUCUGUUAGAGUCGAUGCAAGUCGGCGCACAGUAUCUUCAGGAUGCCGGGUACGCGGAUAAUGAUGAGGAAGAUGACACCAAGGAGAACGAGGCCGAUAGUAUCGAGCAGCAACUGGCUCCAUGGAGGACAACGAAGAAUUUUCUACAGGCCGCUCAAGGCAAGGCUAUGCUCAAGUUGUACGGCGAAGGUGAUCCAUCAGGCCGUGGCGAGGCAUUUUCCUUUAUCAAGACGAGUAUGAAGGGCGGAUUUCGACCCAUAGGCGGUUCUGCCAUGGAUGCCAUCGCUUUAAAGAAAGAACUCGGUGGCCACAGCUAUAAUGUCGCAAGACAACAGAAAUCCUACGAAGAAUCUAUUCGUGGCAUCUGGGACAAGCAGAAAGCGAGUCUCGGGUCAAAAAUUGAGCCUUCGGAUCUCGACAUGGAAGGGGAUGUGGACGCUCAAGAAGAUAAAUAUCCCGAGAUUCGGUCCAACAUCCGAGCAACGCCAAUGUCUGGAACGCAGACGCCUUCGAUCUCAAGACGUCGGGAUGACGAGACGGCCACCUCAUUCAGUAGACGCAGCGUUGGCAGCCAAACUCAACGGGCACUACGGAUUGUGCGCCGAAUCAAAACCAAAGAUGGAGAAAUCAUCGAGCAGGAACACUUUGAAACUGACCCGGCAGUGAUUAAGCGAUAUAUCAAGAUUAAGGAAACGGAAGAGGUGCAAUCUACAAGUCUCAGUGAACUUGAACCUACCGGCGACCCAGAGCUAGAUGCGCGGCAAAAGAAACGACUCGAAGAGGCCAUCGCGCAGCUCGAGAAGAACAAGGCCCGCAGGCAAAAGCGCAACAAGAACAAAGAAGCCAGGCAAGGCGUUACCUCGCCCGGUGGCACAGCGAUGUCUCCGGACGGUGACGGAGCUGGCGGUGGCGGCAGGAAUACGCAGCCCACGCAGCGGAAGUGUGCGAACUGUGGCCAGGUGGGCCACAUCAAGACCAACAAAAAGUCAGUCACCAAUGCUAAGUGUAAAAAUUGCAAUCUCCCCGUUGAUCGCAAAGUUGGGUCCCUGUUGAUGAGUGCACCGAACUUCUCAGGUCAGAGGCAUUGA